UUUCCUUUUUCCUUUCCUGAGUCUCUAUCUCCCAGGCUGCAGUACAAUGGUGCAAUCUUGGUUCACUGCAACUUCCGUCUCCUGGGUUCAAGCGAUUCUCAUGCCUCAGCCUCCGGAGUAGCUGGGAUUACAGUUUUUAGGUGGCCUCCGCUGGCUAACUUGCUGUGGAGUUUUCAAGAGCAUAGAAUCAUCCUUUUUACUGUUAAAAGAAGAUGCUGUUUAAUCUGAGGAUCCUGUUAAACAACGCAGCUUUUAGAAAUGGUCACAACGUCAUGGUUCGAAAUUUUCGGUGUGGACAACCACUACAAAAUAAAGUACAGCUGAAGGGCCGUGACCUUCUCACUCUGAAAAACUUUACUGGAGAAGAAAUUAAAUAUAUGCUAUGGCUAUCAGCAGAUCUGAAAUUUAGGAUAAAACAGAAAGGAGAGUAUUUGCCUUUAUUGCAAGGGAAGUCCUUAGGCAUGAUUUUUGAGAAAAGAAGUACUCGAACAAGAUUGUCUACAGAAACAGGCUUUGCACUUCUGGGAGGACACCCUUGUUUUCUUACCACACAAGAUAUUCAUUUGGGUGUGAACGAAAGUCUCACAGACACGGCUCGUGUCUUGUCUAGCAUGACAGAUGCAGUACUGGCUCGAGUAUAUAAACAAUCAGAUUUGGACACCCUGGCUAAAGAAGCAUCCAUCCCAAUUAUCAAUGGGCUGUCAGAUUUGUACCAUCCUAUCCAGAUCCUGGCCGAUUACCUCACGCUCCAGGAACACUAUGGCUCUCUGAAAGGUCUUACCCUCAGCUGGAUUGGGGAUGGGAAUAAUAUCCUGCACUCCAUCAUGAUGAGUGCAGCGAAAUUCGGUAUGCACCUUCGGGCAGCUACUCCAAAGGGUUAUGAGCCGGAUCCUAGUGUAACCAAGUUGGCAGAGCAGUAUGCCAAAGAGAAUGGUACCAAGCUGUUGCUGACGAAUGAUCCAUUGGAAGCGGCGCAAGGAGGCAAUGUAUUAAUUACAGACACUUGGAUAAGCAUGGGACAAGAAGAGGAGAAGAAAAAGCGGCUUCAGGCUUUCCAAGGUUACCAGGUUACAAUGAAGACUGCUAAAGUUGCUGCCUCUGACUGGACAUUUUUACACUGCUUGCCCAGAAAGCCAGAAGAAGUGGACGAUGAAGUCUUUUACUCUCCGAAAUCACUUGUGUUCCCAGAGGCAGAAAACAGAAAGUGGACAAUCAUGGCUGUCAUGGUGUCCCUGCUGACAGAUUACUCACCUCAGCUCCAGAAGCUUAAAUUUUGAUGUUGUGAUGCUUGUCAAGAGAGAAGCAAUGUUCUUCAGUAACAGAAUGACUUGGUUUGUAGGGAAAGCAGAAGAGAAUCUAAAAAUUAAAUCCCUAACACAUGGUAUGGGUGAACUGUACGAUAUUGCUUUGCUAUUGUGAAACUUUCCUGACGCCUUUAAGUGCUGAUGCACUGUAAUAAACACUUUGUUUAAACUCUAA